GGCGGCGGGCGGGUACACCGGCUCGCCGUGGCCGCCGCUCGAGCUCGACCCCGUGGGAUGGGGCCGCAAGCUGUACCCGUCUGGAGCUCCGAGAUCAUCAGGUGGUCUGAUGUUUGGCCUUCACCACCAAGAAGCGGCGGGGGUUCACUCUCAGCCGCGAGGACCCGUCACGUCCUUGAAAGAAGAGCCGCUCACGCGAGCUUGGAUGACCCCCACUUCUUUAGUUGACAAUACCAACAGUGUGGGCGUAGGGCGCGCCCACUUCGAGAAGCAGCCGCCCAGUAACCUGCGCAAGAGCAACUUCUUCCACUUUGUCGUAGCACUCUACGAUCGCGCAGGCCAGCCGGUAGAGAUAGAAAGGACAGCGUUCAUAGGCUUCAUCGAGAAAGAUCAAGAAGCUGAAGGUCAAAAAACUAACAAUGGCAUUCAAUAUCGACUACAAUUGCUAUAUGCGAACGGUAUACGGCAAGAACAGGAUAUAUUUGUUCGAUUAAUCGACUCUGUAACCAAACAGCCCAUCGUCUACGAAGGUCAAGAUAAGAACCCGGAAAUGUGCAGAGUUUUGCUCACACAUGAAGUUAUGUGCAGUCGAUGUUGUGAUAAGAAAAGUUGCGGCAACAGAAAUGAAACUCCAUCGGAUCCUGUCAUUAUAGAUCGAUUUUUUCUAAAAUUCUUUCUGAAAUGCAAUCAGAAUUGUUUGAAAAACGCCGGCAACCCGCGCGACAUGAGAAGGUUUCAAGUGGUGAUAUCAACGCAAGUCAUGGUCGACGGUCCACUGCUGGCGAUAUCGGACAACAUGUUCGUUCACAACAACAGUAAACACGGGAGACGAGCGAAGCGACUCGAUCCGUCUGAAGGUAUUGACGCCGCGCCCGAGCCUAAUUCGGGGCUAUACCCACCGUUGCCUGUAGCAACGCCAUGCAUCAAAGCAAUAUCUCCGAGCGAAGGCUGGACGUCAGGGGGUUCUACGGUCAUAAUAGUUGGGGAUAACUUUUUCGAUGGACUCCAAGUCGUAUUCGGAACUAUGUUAGUUUGGAGCGAGCUUAUAACGUCACACGCGAUUAGAGUGCAAACACCGCCGCGACACAUACCAGGCGUGGUGGAAGUUACUCUUUCGUACAAAAGCAAGCAGUUCUGUAAGGGGGCGCCUGGAAGAUUCGUUUAUGUUUCUCUCAACGAGCCGACAAUAGAUUACGGCUUCCAGAGACUACAGAAACUUAUACCGAGACAUCCGGGCGACCCUGAAAAACUGCCCAAGGAAAUAAUACUGAAGCGAGCUGCAGAUUUAGCGGAGGCUUUGUAUUCUAUGCCCCGUAACAACCAACUGGGGCUCGGGGCGCCGCGCUCGCCGCCCGCCAGUAUGCCAUUCAACUCCUACACGGGACAGCUGGCUGUCAGUGUACAGGACACUGCCACAUCGCAGUGGACUGAAGAGGAGUACGCGCGCAGCGGCGGCUCGGUGUCGCCGCGCUACUGCUCGGCCGCGUCCACGCCGCACGCGCCCGCCUACGCGCCGCAGCACUACCCCGCGCCGCCCGCCGCGCUCUUCAACACGUCCUCGCGAAUGAGCGGUUUGGUGUCGUCACCGUUUAGCGUCAACCCGUUCUCGCUGCCGACGUGCAGCGCGCAACAAUACGCACAGACCGCUCCACUCGCUUCCAAGUAACGAUUUUUUACGUUGAGUAAUUAACUUGCUAAACUAUAAGCAAUUUAAUAUUAUUGCAAUAUUUAUCUUUAUUUUUUUUUUUUUUAUAAUGGCAGAUGACGCAUACAAAUGUUGACAUGUAAAAUUAUUAGUGUUAUAAUAGACAACAUGAUAAUAGAAUUUUCAUUAUUAAUUUUAAUUUCAAAUACGC